CUCCCUCCCACCCAUGUCUACCCAAAGAGCAAGAGCUUCACGAGUCACCGACGAUGAGAUUAACGACCUCAUCCUCAAACUGCAGGCGUUGCUACCUCAUUCAAAUCAAAGGCGCACGUCUACAGGGGCAUCGGCAUGGAGGAUUCUGAAAGAAACGUGCAGUUACAUAAAGAGGCUACACAGAGAGGUGGGCGACCUGAGUGAGAGACUAUCCCAGCUUCUUGAUUCUCUUGAUAAUAUUAAUGGUGUUGAGGUUGAGCAACUUAGAAGUUUAUUGCAGCGAUAGAUCUUUAGUCCCCUUCCUCUCUCAGCUGGAAUUGCUUUCAAGUCAUAAUACCAGACAAAAGAUGUAUUAUAUCUUCCUGCAACCCACCCCACAAUGUUCUGAUUUUCUUCUUUCUUUGUCUGGUCAGGACUCCAACCAGUGAGAUAAAUUAUUUAUGUGCAACAAAUAUGUAUUUGGGUUUUUCUU